UAUAAAAGGCGGAGCAGGAAGCGGUCGCGUCAGCGAGCGGCGAGGCGGCGGCAGCGAGGCAGGAAGGGAAGAUGUCGAUCCAGAAGAUCCACGCCCGGGAGAUCCUGGACUCCAGGGGCAACCCCACCGUCGAGGUCGACCUGUACACGGCCAAAGGCCACUUCCGCGCGGCGGUGCCCAGCGGAGCCUCCACCGGCAUCUAUGAGGCGCUGGAGCUUCGCGACGGGGACAAGUCCCGGUACCUGGGCAAAGGGGUCCUGAAAGCCGUUCAGCACAUCAAUGACACCAUAGCCCCACAGCUAAUCAAUCAGAAGCUGAGUGUGGUGGAGCAGGAGAAGAUCGAUAACUUCAUGCUGCAGCUGGAUGGAACUGAUAACAAAUCUAAGUUUGGAGCCAACGCCAUCCUUGGUGUGUCUCUUGCUGUUUGUAAGGCAGCUGCAAAGGAGAAGGGUCUGCCUCUGUACCGCCACAUUGCCAAUCUCGCUGGCAACAAGGAUGUCAUUCUCCCCGUCCCGGCUUUCAAUGUGAUCAAUGGCGGCUCCCACGCUGGCAAUAAGCUGGCCAUGCAGGAGUUCAUGAUCCUGCCCGUGGGCGCUGCCAGCUUCAAAGAGGCCAUGCGUAUCGGAGCUGAGGUCUAUCACAACCUGAAGAACGUCAUCAAGGCCAAGUACGGGAAGGAUGCCACCAAUGUGGGGGAUGAGGGCGGCUUCGCUCCCAACAUCUUGGAGAAUAACGAAGCUCUGGAGCUGCUGAAAUCAGCCAUUGAGAAGGCAGGCUAUUCCGACAAGAUCGUCAUUGGAAUGGAUGUGGCAGCAUCUGAGUUCCACCGCAAGGGACAAUACGACCUGGACUUCAAGUCUCCGGAUGACCCCAGCCGCUACAUUUCUGGUGAUAAGCUGGGAGAGCUGUACAAGAGCUUCAUCCAAAAUUACCCAGUGGUGUCCAUCGAGGAUCCCUUCGAUCAGGAUGACUGGGAGAAUUGGAGCAAGUUCACUGCAGCUACUAAGAUCCAGAUUGUUGGGGAUGAUCUCACUGUAACAAACCCCAAGCGCAUCCAGACAGCCGUGGAUAAGAAGGCUUGCAACUGCCUCCUGCUGAAAGUGAACCAGAUCGGCACAGUCACUGAGUCCAUCCAGGCCUGCAAACUGGCUCAGAGCAACGGUUGGGGCGUGAUGGUGAGUCACCGCUCUGGUGAGACUGAGGAUCCUUUCAUUGCGGACCUGGUUGUUGGUCUGUGCACUGGCCAGAUCAAGACUGGUGCCCCCUGCAGAUCCGAGCGUCUGUCCAAGUACAACCAGCUGAUGAGGAUUGAAGAGGAGAUGGGAGAUCAAGCAAAGUUUGCUGGGCGUAACUUCCGACACCCGCUGGGAGAGAAGAAAGCGUGAUGGGGAGAGAUGGCAGAACACAGGCAGCUAAUGCUCACUGAGACCUCCUGAUGAGCCAGGCGCUAUCAGAAUCAUGAAUUACUGUAACUCCCUCUCCCAGCUUCCAGCCCACUGUUCAAUCAUGAAUAAACACAGUAACCCGUACCCUGCCUCUGUCCUGGUGUUGUACAUCGUGAAUAAAUGCAGUAACCUGUCCUGGUGUUGUACCUCGUCAAUAAACACAGUAACUGUGCGCUGCCUAUGUCCUUGUGUAGUACAUCGUGAAUAAAUGCAGUAACCUGUCCUGGUGUUGUACCUCGUCAAUAAACACAGUAACUGUG